UGUGCCAACAACAACAUAAACAGAGAGAGAGAGGCAUAUGUAUGUACUAUGUAUGUUUCCAAGUUCCCAUAAAAUAACAAAUGUGAAACUCCUAUUUGGACGAACAAUAACAAAGAAGUUGUCUGUCUCCUCCAACGACAAUUUCUCUCACACUCUCUCACUCUAUCCAAAUUUCCUUAACCCCAUCAAUCUCUAUUACUUAGUUUUUCUGUAUUUUUUUUUUGUUUUUGUUAUAUAUAUGUGUUAUUGAUCUCCAAUUCAUUAUCUUGUUGUUAUUUCAAUCUUUGAUUGUGGGUUUGAGAGCUUCGAAAAGAGAAAAAAGAUAGUAAAUUUACAAUCAAUCUGAUAGAUUAUGAUCUGGGUCAUUGAUGAUUUGAGAGUUGGAAAGCUGUGAUCGAUUCUGUGAAUGAAGAAGGAUGGGAUUGGAAUCGGUUGGGGUUUUGAACGUUGAAUUGAAAAAAAAGCUCGAGCCCCAAUUGAACAAUCGGGUUUUCGGGUCGGUCCGAUCGGUGAUCGGGUAAUUGAAUCGGGAUUUUUAUUUUGUGUGUGCUUUCAUUGUUGUGUUGUGUGUGAAAAAAAGGGGUGUGGUAGAAUCGAUGUGGAAGGUAUUGGGUGAGGUAAAUUUGAAGGUGGGAGUUUGAUUUUAGGGCUUCUGAAUUUGGGUCAUGGAUGAGGUGAGCCCUAGCAAUGAGGGUAAGGAUUUGGGUGGCGGAAGUGGUGGUGCCGAUGACUUAUCGGCGGCGGCGAUGGCGGCUGCAGCCGGGUUGAGUUGGCGGCCGAGGCAGCUGGCGUUUAGUCCUUAUGGUACUGUGAACAAGGUCCAAGCUUUGCGUGUUGUUGUGCGGAGACCUUUGGUGGCAAGACUAACAAAGGACAUUGUUGAAACAUACCAAUUAUGCAAUCCACAGUUCAAGUAUUCAGAGGAACUAAAUCCAAAGAGAUACUUAACUAGCCCAUCCAUUGGAGUCCUAAAUGAUGGUCACGAUAAUGUGAACUCAGAUCUUAUUUUGACUGCAAACUAUGUCUUAAUCAAUUCAGAACAGCGAAGAUACAUUGUAAAGGAUGUUCUUGGCCAUGGAACAUUUGGGCAGGUUGCUAAAUGCUGGUUUGCAGAAACUAACAGUUUUGUUGCUGUGAAGAUCAUAAAAAAUCAGCCUGCUUACUAUCAACAAGCACUGGUUGAAGUAACUAUAUUGACAACGCUGAAUAAGAAGUAUGAUCCUGAGGAUAAGCAUCACAUUGUUCGUAUUUAUGAUUACUUUGUACAUCAGCGUCAUUUGUGCAUCUGCUUUGAACUGCUUGACACAAAUCUGUAUGAGCUUAUCAAAAUAAAUCAUUUUAGGGGAUUAUCAUUGAGCAUUGUCCAAAUGUUCUCUAAACAGAUUUUGCGGGGACUGGCUCUGUUAAAAGAUGCUGGGAUAAUUCAUUGUGAUCUGAAGCCAGAAAACAUUCUAUUGUGCACUAGUGUGAAGCCAGCAGAGAUUAAAAUUAUUGACUUUGGAUCAGCAUGCAUGGAGGAUCGCACUGUUUACUCCUACAUUCAGAGUCGUUACUACAGAUCUCCUGAAGUUCUUCUUGGGUAUCAAUAUACUACAGCUAUUGACAUGUGGUCCUUUGGGUGCAUAGUUGCUGAAUUGUUUCUAGGAUUGCCAUUAUUCCCAGGAGCUUCAGAAUUUGAUCUCCUUAGGCGAAUGAUUGAAAUACUUGGAGGGCAACCCCCGGAUUAUGUAUUGAGGGAGGCAAAAAACACAAGUAAGUUUUUUAAGUGCAUUGGGAGUGUCCAGAAUUUAGAGAAUGGUGAAGUUUCAACAAACAGCAGAAGUGCUUACCAAGCAUUAACAGAAGAAGAAUAUGAAACUAGAGAGAUGAAAAAGCCUGUGAUUGGAAAGGAGUAUUUCAAUCAUAAGAAUCUUGAAACAAUUGUCACAAACUACCCUUACAGAAAGAACUUGCCUGAGGAAGAUGUUAUGAAAGAAAGUCAAAUACGAUUAGCUUUAAUUGAUUUCUUGAGGGGGCUUGUUGAGUUUGAUCCAGCAAAACGGUGGUCACCUUUUCAGGCUUCAAAACACCCUUUUGUCACUGGGGAACCAUUCACAUGCCGUUAUGAGCCUCCCCCUGAGACCCCCCGCGUGGUAAGUUGGUCUCUUUAAAAAGUUUGUUAAUUG